ACACUUAUAAGUAAAGGUAAUGUUGUGAUCAGAUGUUAUUACAGGUAUGACCACUAGGGGGCAGUACUGGUUAGUAUGCUGCUUACCGUACCACAUAAAGUGGUAGAACAAGAAUGCAUAAAAGACACAUGUAUGUUGUUGAGAACAUGGAGCAUUAAAAGUUAAGUCACUUGCUAUCAACAGCCUCAUCCUUCAAACACCAACAUGACAGUUGUGUGCAUAGUUGAAGCAUCUCCUCAACGCCGAUUGGUCCGGACGCCCUCGAACGAUCGGCUCUGGAAUUUGGACUGACUGGCGUGAAAGAGCGCAGCCAGCAUCAUCGUGGGAAGAUUUGGCGUGAAUUUGUUGAUUGAGUUCGCAGUCUGCAAAGGAUGAGCCCGGCGCGCCAGUGUGCCCUAGGAAAGUCUUGAUCGUUCAGGAUGGGUGCGGGAGGCCAGCUGACGGAGACCGGGAGCAGCGUCUACACCUGGGAGGACGUCCAGAGACACUGCAGCAGGAACGACCAGUGGUUGGUCAUCGAUCAGAAGGUUUACAACAUCACAAAGUGGGCCGAAAGGCACCCUGGAGGGUUUCGAGUCAUCCACCAUUACGCCGGAGAGGAUGCCACGGAGGCUUUCACUGCUUUUCAUCCGGAUAAGAAGUUUGUGCAACUCUUUCUGAAGCCGCUGUUGAUCGGAGAGCUGGUGGAGACGGAACCCAGUCAGGACCGACAGAAAAAUGACGUUACACGGGUGGCACACGAGGUGAUGGAGGACGCCAGAGACAUGGCGGAGUACAGGAGGCAGGAAGAGUCUCUGCGAGCGGAGAAAAGAAGGCUGCAAGAACGGCUGCAGGGGGUCAGGGACACCCACCAUGCGGUCAGGGACACCUACCGUGCGGUCAAGAUCACCUGCGCGGAGAAAAAAAAAAACACCAAAGCUGAGAUUCGCAGUUUUGAACUGAAAUUGGAUCAGCUGCACACCCAACAUGAGCUCUCCCAGCUGAGAAAAAGGUAUGACUACUUGAGUGGGCUGAUAAUUAACUUUCAUUUGUAACUUGUAUUUUUGUAUCUUACCUUAACUGACACUUGUAUUUCUGUUUGGAGAGUGAAUCGCAGCGCGGCGCGGCGGAGAUAAUAAGUCAGAUUGUAGAAUCUACGUUCCUUACAUUUCAAGUCAAGCUUUGCAAUCUCAGCUUUGACACUUUUCUUUUUCUGCCUUACCGUCUGCAGCCGUUCUUGCAGCCUUUUUCUGGCCGCACGCAGAGACUUUCUGCUUCCUGUACUCAAGCCAUGUCCAUGGCGUCCUCCAUCACCUCAAGAAAAUAAAAAGUAAACUCUGCUCAAGUAUGAUUUUGAUUGAUUGAGACUUAUUAGUAGAUUGCACAGUUCAGUACAUAUUCCGUACAAUUGACCACUAAAUGGUAACACCCCACUCAAAGUUCGUACAUCCACACGCACAUUCAUUAUACAAACAUACUGUAUACACAUACUGUACAUAUACAUUCACUGUAAAAACAUACAUAUACACAUACUGUACAUAUACAUUCACUGUACAAACACACAUAUACACAUACUGUACAUAUACAUUCACUGUACAAACACACAUAUACACAUACUGUACAUAUACAUUCACUGUUCAAACACACACUGUAUACACAUACUGUACAUAUACAUUCACUGUACAAGCACACAUACACAUACUGUACAUAUACAAGUACAUAUGCACACAUACACUCAUGCACAUAAUCACGUUUCAUCAAACAUAUAUUAAUGUUGUUGCCCUAGGGUAAACUGGGUAUAACACAUGGCACACUGACAAAGCUUAACCUAUUGUUACUAUAACAAUCUACAAGGUUAAUGUAGGUUGCUUCUCUUUCUUCCCCUCCAUUUUUCUGCAUUCUUUCGUAUCUCAAGUUAUCAUGACGUAUAUGUAUUGUUGCAUUUGAACAAUUGUAUUGUUGAUAAUAAAGGUAAAGUAUUGGUAUUGUUUAUUAUCAAUAGCACUAUUUCUAUUGGUAUUCAUAUUGCUCCAUUUUUAGUGUAAUAAUGAUCAUUGUCAUUUCUGUAUUUUUUUAUUUAUUUUCGCUAACUGCUUAUUUGCUAUUACUUUUACCAUCAUAUUUGUACAUGUCGUAUUUGCUGAUGUUGCUCUGUUGUUGUUGUUGUUGUUGUUGUGUUUGCUGUUGUUGUUUUUGUCUCUCUGUCUAAUCCCCCUCUUGUCCCCACAAUUACCCCCUCUGUCUUCCUUUUUCUCUCUUUCUAUCCCCUCCUGCUCCGGCCCGGCUGCACCAAAUGAUAAUAUAAAUACAUUUAAUAAAGUCAAAAUACAAGUAAGGCAACAAGAGAAGUAUCCUACACUUCUCUUUUGUAAAGUAAAUCUGAACAGCCGAUACGGGCAUCUACAUCUACUAUAUGAUCAUCUGCUAUUUGAUCAUCUACGUCUACAUCUGCUAUUUGAUCAUCUACAUCUACAUCUGCUAUUUGAUCAUCUACAUCUACAUCUACAUCUGCUAUAUGAU